AUGGUUUGCCUCAAAGAUGGACUCAUCCUUAAGUCUCAGCUCAGUCACACUGUGAUCCUCCUUCUACUGACAAACUCUUGUAGAGGUCAGUCUCAGGAGGUUGGACCAUCUCAUCAGAUUGUAGCAUUACUGGGUGAUAACAUUAUUUUGCCAUGCCAUCCUCAACCUGCUGUGGACUCUGUUUCCAAUAGUCUGGAAUGGGGAAGACUUGACCUGGAACCCAGAUUUGUCCAUGUCAGGUAUAAUGGUGGAGACCUUUUGUCUGACCAAAACCCAUCCUACAAAGGAAGAACGUCAAUGCCCAUUGAGAAAUUGAAGCAUGGAGACCUUUCACUCACACUCUCCAAUGUGAAAUUCUCUGAUAAUGGAACAUACCAAUGCUACAUUCCCAAAGAGGGCAAAACAUCUACUGUCCAGCUUGUUGUUGGUUCUGUCUCCUCACCUGUAAUAGUAGAGAUAAACUUAAACACCAGCGCAGUGGUGUUACAGUGUGAGUCUAAAGGCUGGUAUCCAGAGCCUGAUGUGCUCUGGCUGGACAGUGAGGGAAACCUCCUCUCUGCUGGACCUACAGAGACAGUCAGAGGUCCUGAUGGUCUCUAUACUGUCAGCAGCAGAGUGACUGUGGAGAAGAGACACAGCAAUAGAAUCACCUGUAGAGUUGAACAGCACAACAUCAACCAGACCAGAGAGACACACAUCGACAUUCCAGGUGUCUUUUUUAUUUUAUCACUAAUAUGCUCUCCUUCAAAUGUAGCUCAGCUCUCAGCUGUGUCCAGGUAUUGGGUAAUACAGGUAGACAAAUACCCAUGUAACCACUCAGGGAUCUAG